GGCCAACUUCGCACCAGACGAGCAAGCAACGCAGCAAUUCCUGAAAGACUACCUCUUCAACAAGGGUUUGCCAGACUUGGAAGAGGAAGAGGAUGUCUCUCCAGGUCCCGGGCCACCAGUGGUCAGACACAGUGAUGCAGGGACUGCAGGGAGCUUGAAACAUUCCAAGGCACUUGAGGCCUCGCUUCGAUCCAAGGAGGCCACAGUGACCACAGUGGUGAUUCAUGAGUCCAAUCCGCCGGCGAGGGACCCCUUGGAACUGGAGAAGGAACGCAUGCACGUCCUCAGUCAGGUCUGUGGGCCCCGCACCCGGCCCGACGUCCAAGCCUGGAUUGAGAAGAUCUUUUUGGCACAGGCCGCUGCCAAUGCCAAAGAGAAGAGGAAACGCAAGAUCCGAGCCAGUAGUGCUGCCUCCGAGAGCGCCUUGAGCGGUCAGACUGGCUACACCGCCUACACCGGUAUUACGGCCACUACGGCCACCGCUCUCACGGCGCUGCACACGGUGGGAGGUAGCAUCGCUGGCCGAAGUCUGCGCCCCAGAUCUCUGGUGGAAUCCGAUGAAAGCUUGGUGGUUCAUCACAGCAAGGGCGAUGAGCCGUUGUCAGUGAAAGAAAGGGUCCAGGCCUUCCUUCAGAACAGGCUGCCGGAGCUCCAAAGCCACGUGGAGCAACACGUGGCGCAGCUGACCGAAGACUUGCGAAAGGAGGUAGACCAAGAGGUGGCCGAACGUUUUCUCAGGACAGCCUCCAAUCGACGCGUCUUUGAUGGGCAAGCCAACUAUUUGCGUUGGAAGAACGUGCGGCACAAGGCCUUGCAGAAACGACUGGAUGCCAACAUGCACAAGUGGAUUUUAGAGGCCAUCGAAUGCUGGGACCAGCGCGCCAUGACGAAGCCCAAAGAGAGCAGUGAGGCUGAUCUCAUCUUCGAGUACCUGACGAAACGUGCCGUGCACGACGGUGGCAAACUACCCUCGCAGAUUCCGGUGAUUCGAAAGAUGCGAUACUCCUACAGCUUGCCGCGGAUGUGGAAAGACAAAUUUCUGUCCGGCGGGCUCCGUGGACAUUUGCCGGCCUUGCAAGUUGAGAUCUCGGCUCAGCGCUGCAAGAUGUACAGCACGUUGGGCUUAUUGGUGCUGAUUUGUGGCCCCGUCCUGGUGGCUUUGAUUGUGGCAUGUGUUCUUUUGCGGUUUGCGGAGAAGGAUGCCAACUGGCUCUCCUUCCUCACUUGCGUCGCGGGAGUGGCGAUUGCCAUCAGUGUCGUAGCGGUCAUGCCCUACGAUGUCUGGCAGGCGCUCUCCCGCGGAGAUGAUGAAAGUAAUUCAAGUUCAUUGCUCAGGCGGACUUGGGCUGCAACCUAUUGGACCACAGCCUUGUUGAGCUACCUUCUCUGUCCAAUUCUCAUGGAGUACGAGAAUAGUGGCGACUUCACCACAUCGGCGAGGUUGAAGACCUCCCUGCGACGCAACGCGGUCUUCUAUGGCAUCUACAGCUUCAUCCUGGUGGUUCUGCUGCUGAUUUUGAUCUCCCGUGGGGAGGUCCAAGGAGAUCUCCAGAGCUGGUGCAUCGCUGCGUCGAACGCCUGGGGUCUCUUCGUGCUGACGGUGCUGAUGGGCUUCGGCCUGGUGGCGGUGCCACGGCAUUUCUGGAGCCUGGCGCAUUCCAACAAGCUGCUGCAGGACCUCUACCGCAACGCGGUGCUGAAGGAUGAGACUCGCCUCAGCCGCCUCUUCGAACUGCAGGACGCGGUGGCCUCGGCGCGGCAGGAACUCAGUGCCUAUGACGGUGCCGGCUGCGAGGGCUGUGGUGUGGACGGUACGGCCUUCGCGGUGCUGUCGCAGAUGACGGAGAAAUGCGAAACUCUGCACCUGGAACUCCAUGGGCAACGGGGAAACCGGGAGAAGGACAUAGGAGGCAUCUCGCGUUCGCCCUCGGGGAGCCUUCCUCUACACCCACCGCCAUCGGUGGCGCGAUUUGCCGAAGUUCAUCGCAACCUGAAAGCGGCUGCACUGGAGGCGCGACGUGCUUCCUGCUGCUUCGAAAGCCACGUGCAGCGCUGCAUCUUCUUCGAGGAUUUGGAACAUGGUGACUACAGGGCUGCGGUGAGCAUGCUUGGAAUGCCGCUUGGAUUCGGUUCUGAAGCCUCUUCGACGAACGACGAUGCCUGGCACGCUUCCAUCGAGAUUUUGCAGCGCGCGGAGACCCAAUGGGGCUUUGUCAAUGGUCCCGAGAGCCCCUAA